AUGGCGGCUCCAAUCCCGACUCAGCCCAUGCCGGACGAGACCACGACCAUUCAAGUAGGAGACCUUGGGAUCUUCUCGAUGCGAGCGGUGUAUGAUGCACUGGCCAGUAGUCUCCAGGUGCCGCAAAGACACACGACUCUUGGACAUGUCGAGCGUCAGGAAAACAAUACAUGGGCUCUGGCACCGCCGGCACGAUGCGACAAGCCAGGCUUCACAAUGCAGCAAGAAAGCAAAGCAGACGACAGCGAUUGCUCCUGGACGGGCGAAGAAGACUCCGGCGACUUCUACGUCCGUAUGCGGCGCCAGCUGGACGACUUCAUCCUCUCCCCGGACCAGACCACCCUCACCACCGAUUCCCUCUCCCGCCACGAGCGCCGCUUCGUUCACGCUUCUGCCCAGGUAAUGCACCUCGGACACGCCAGCCUUGGACCACCUCGAAGCCGCAAUCGCAGCAUGGUGAUCUACAAGACCACACAGCCCACCAUACCAUUUGUUCUGCAGGCGACUGAGAGAGAGCAUCCUCGCACCAUCUCUUGGGCACCGGACAUCGAUGUCGACACCCAAUCCUUAGCUUCUGCGAGCACCAACCGCAAGCGCCCUCGUCUAGAGAAAGUGACCGGCGGCUACCCUUGCCAGUACUGUCCAAAACUCUUCGACCGUGCCAGCGAACGCAACAAGCACGCCCAAGCCCACCAGCCGAGCUACACCAACCGCCACAUCUGCCCUCUGUGUCAGAAAGGCUUCCGCUAUCCCAAGGAUCUCCGACGACACACCACUCGCGUGCACGAGAACAGCGCGACAAGCCGGCCGAUCUUCGAUCCCACCUACGCUUCGUUUGGGAGCAUGACGCUGAGUUCGACCUUGACGUACGAGAGUCGCAUACCGAGCGAGACGAGCUUGACGUUCAAUUCGCAGCCGACGAGUAAGAACUGCAGUCCGAGUCUGUUGGGCCAGAAGGGGGAUGUAGAUGCGGUGGAGCCGUUGUGUUUGGACAUGGGAGAUGGGAUGGGUUUGGGAGGGGAGUUUGGGCUGCCGUUCCAGGAGCUGGCGGAUUUCGAUUUUGAUGGGCAUGAUUUUGGGGAGGAGGACGGGUUGGAGAUGAUGAAGGUGAGGAAGUAG